GCUUGGAUUUACCAGAUGGUGGUCAUAUCAGUCAUGGUCUGAUGGCUCAAAAAAAAAGAUUGUCUGCAGCAUCAAUAUUUUUUGAAACUUUACCAUAUCACGUAAAUAUGGAAACUGGUUUAAUUGAUUAUGACGAGUUAGAAAAAUCUGCAAAGAAUUUUAAGCCUGAUAUUAUUAUUGCUGGCGUAACUUCCUACCCAAGGACAUUGGACUAUAAACGUUUUAGAACAAUAGCUCAGGCUAGUGAUUCUUACUUGAUGGCUGAUAUGUCACAUAUUAGUGGUUUAGUUGCUGCUGGUGUUAUUCCUUCACCUUUUGAAUAUUGUGAUGUGGUCACUUCUACUACUCAUAAAACAUUAAGAGGUCCUCGAGCUGGAGUCAUAUUUUAUCGUAAAGGAGUUAAAUCAGUAUCAAAAACUGGUGAAAAUGUCAUGUAUGACUUGGAAGACCGU